GCCACGUCGGUUUGGGUGGCCGCUCCGCGCUGGGUUCCUCCUCCUCUUCUCUCUCUCUCCGGUCCUUCUUGUUCCUCUCUUCCUCCUGCGGCUGCUGCCUUUUCAUCCCGUUGAGAAACCCGGCCCGCAGGCGGCUGCUCGGUGGCGCUCUUCCAGAACGCGCAGGGUUCACAGCCUCCGCCCCCCGGAGCCCUUCCACCGAGACUCCGAGGACCCCGCGAAGAACUCUCAGCAUCUGCAGCCCCGCUUUUCCUGGGAGUUCUGCAUUGCAUCGCUCGCCAAGUUGGGGGAAAAAAAUGUUCAAACUGCUUGGAUGUUGGGAUAAACUAACCUGAACCUACCUGGGUCUCCUGCCGUCUCCUCUUCUUCCUUCGUUUCCACCUUCCCUCCGUGCGGCUUCCCGGAGUGUGCAGUUAAGUCAUCCGACUCGAGGUGCCCCGCGGAGACCAGGAGGAGCUGCGAAGGGCCUCCCCUGACAUGUGUGGCAUUCCGGGGCUCCCUAGGAGGGUUGCUAUACCUGGGUGGACUUUGGCAUCGUAAAUUUCAGCUCCAAGAAAGGGGAGCUUUUGCCUUAUAUGUUUUUUCUGUUUUUUUUUUUAAGUAGUUUUUUUCGUCCCCCAUCAUCUGUCUUGAAAACGCUUAUUCCUUCCCUGUUUUCCAAAAUCCGGGCAAGUCUUCCUCCUGCUAUGAUGGGCCCCUGGGCAUCAUGAACUUAAUGAUUCCUCACUGGCUGGAAUUCAAACUGCCCAUCAGCGGUGGUCCUGUGCGUUGACCAUGCACCUGAGAAUCCACGCGAGACGGAGCCCUCCUCGCCGGCCGGCCUGGACGCUUGGGAUCUGGUCCCUUUUCUGGGGAUGUAUCGUCAGCUCUGUCUGGAGUUCCUCUAAUGUAGCUUCCUCCUCCUCCUCGCCGGGGUCUCACUCUCAGCACGAGCACCAUUUCCAUGGCAGCAAACAUCACUCAGUGCCUAUUUCUAUCUAUCGCUCCCCUGUUUCCCUUCGAGGAGGGCACGCUGGCGCCACGUACAUCUUUGGGAAGAGCGGAGGCCUCAUCCUCUACACCUGGCCGGCCAACGACAGGCCCAGCACGCGCUCCGACCGCCUGGCCGUGGGCUUCAGCACAACCGUGAAGGACGGCAUCCUGGUGCGCAUCGACAGCGCCCCGGGCCUCGGCGACUUCCUCCAGCUUCACAUCGAACAGGGGAAGAUCGGAGUUGUCUUCAAUAUUGGCACAGUGGACAUCUCCAUCAAAGAGGAGAGGACUCCGGUAAAUGAUGGCAAAUACCACGUGGUGCGCUUCACCAGGAACGGCGGCAAUGCCACGCUGCAGGUGGACAACUGGCCUGUAAACGAGCAUUACCCCACAGGCAACACUGAUAAUGAACGCUUCCAAAUGGUAAAACAGAAAAUCCCCUUCAAAUAUAACCGGCCCGUAGAAGAGUGGCUGCAGGAAAAAGGCCGGCAGUUAACCAUCUUCAACACCCAGGCGCAAAUAGCUAUCGGCGGAAAGGACAAAGGACGCCUCUUCCAAGGCCAGCUUUCUGGGCUCUAUUAUGAUGGUUUGAAAGUACUGAACAUGGCAGCUGAGAACAACCCCAAUAUUAAAAUCAACGGAAGUGUCCGGCUGGUGGGAGAAGUCCCAUCAAUCUUGGGAACAACACAGACCACCUCCAUGCCGCCAGAAAUGUCUACCACUGUCAUGGAGACCACUACUACAAUGGCCACCACCACAACCCGCAAGAACCGCUCCACAGCCAGCAUUCAGCCAACAUCAGAUGACCUUGUUUCAUCUGCUGAAUGUUCAAGCGAUGACGAAGACUUCGUUGAAUGUGAGCCGAGUACAGAAACUUUCAGCAGUGCUUCAAGGAGAGCUGGUCACUAUGUUGGACCAGGUGAUCCCACCCACUGAAAAAGUCUCCUUUUU